UCGCCGACAAGAGGGUACAGAACUUGCAGGAGCAGGAAGAGGCGAAUUAGGGGGCUGGAAACGGCAUAAAAUCGUACAAAGAAUGAGAGUGAGAGGAUGUGAGGGUGUUCGAAUGAACGUGGGGGUAAGGAAGAUAUGAAUGAGGAUAGGAGGUAGAUAGAAUGGAAGCAAUAAUGCCAUUAGAUGAUGAGAGAUGCAUCGAUAAUUCCACGAAGCAGCGAAGUCACGCUCGUAGAGCCUGCUACGAUCCAGUCCAGGCACGGAGCAACUUGCGUCUUUUGACCAAUACCCACGUCGAUGAGAUUUUGUUCAAGAAUCGUAGCACGCUCGCAGCCAGUGGUGUCAAGUAUACAUCAAACGCCGACUCCUUGACCACAUCUGUCCUUGCGAAGAAAGAAGUCAUCCUUGCAGCCGGAGGCGUCUUCACACCGCAUCUACUCAUGCUUUCGGGUAUCGGUUCGAAGGAUGAGCUUUCUGCUGCUGGAAUUGCCGUAAAGAAAGACCUUCCUGCCGAGCUAUACGCAGCUAACCGUACGGGCCCAUGGACCUUUGGACGAGGCAAUGCCGCGCUCUUCCUCGCAUUCAAAGAUUCCUCGACUAAGUACAUUGACAUAACCGCUCUUAUUUCUGAGCAAAAUGCCACUGCCUACCUACCACAACGCUAUUCUAAGAUCGCUACCUUGUUGAACGGCUUCAUGGCACAGCGCAAGAUCCUUAUCGAGCACUACCUCUCUGACAAUGCGGCUACAGGCGAAUGUCCCAUUCAACCUUGGGGUCGUGUAACUACUGCGGUACAAAAACCUCUUUCGCGCGGCAUGCUGACUGUCAACACCACGCACCCAUCAGCAAAUCCCAUCGUCGUCCGGAAUGCAUUCCAAAGCCCUGUCGACAAGUUGGUGCUUGGCGAGCUCGUGCGCUGGAACAGGAAGCAUUGGACCACCGCACCCCUACUGCAGCGCUAUGCUCCCGUCGAAACUGUGCCGGGCGCACAAUACCAGACCGACGACGAAAUGUUUGACGCGAGUAUCGAGGCAGCUGCUUUGGACCCGGCGUAUGCGCAUUCGAGCGGCGCAUGUGCGCUGAUGCCGGAAGAGUUGGGUGGAUGUGUGGAUCCGCAGUUGAGAGUCUAUGGUGUGCAAGGGUUGAGGGUGGUGGAUGCGUCUAUCUUGCCGUUGAUACCGGCGGCGCACCUGCAGGUAACGGUGUAUGCUGUUGCGGAGAAGGCUGCGGAUAUCAUCAAGGGAGUUUGAUCAACCUGAUUCUGAAGGAAAAUCGAUGUCGCAAUGCUUGUCAAGGAACAGGGCCGGUGCGCGCAUCUUGUGGACUGGCGGGCGGGCGAAGUGAGUCGCGCCUGCCCGCUGGACGCCUGCCGCUGCCGGGAAUGGAUGCCUGGAGCGCAUCACGGCUGCUCUCAUCUGCGCAUGCGUCACGUCAACACUGCUACUCAUAUCAUAGUACAUAUCCUUCCAGACCCUUCUUGCGUGUCGAUAGUCUUACCAUGGGGCUAUCCUCAAGCACGAUCGGCCCACCGGUUGAUCCCUUACACGUGUUCACAGGACAA